CAGACAAGUUCGAACAUGGUGUGAGAUUUUCGGAUAGUGGAGCAGCAUAAACAUUGGGAAGCUCGUGUGCACCAGGCAGCAUAGUUAGAUGAGGCAUUCGGGUCGGGUCAGUCAGUCAGUCACGUUGGAAGUGUUCAUAGGGGAGUGCAGAGAGCAGGACGUGUGGAAAUCAGAGUGGGAAAAGUUCGAGUGAAAGUGGAAAGGCAAAGUGCGCGCGCGCUUUUUCUAUGCUCAAUUAAGGGGAAAUUUCUAUGCUGGCUGAAGGUUCUGAGGUUCUUGGCUGACGAGUGCGUUCACGUUAACAGCAGACAGCAUGGAGUGGAGGUGUUUUGACUAGACGAGUAAAAAAAGAAUAAAGCCAAACUAUCAAAGCGUGAAGGAUUUUCUAUGGCUGCAGUUGCUGAGGAAGAAUAUUGCGUUGUUGUUUUGAAGUUCGGAAUCGAUCGGAAUUAAGAAGCUGAAGAAACUUGUACUGUGAGGCCCCUAAAGUGAUAUGAUUCAUGACACUAUCAGUUGAACACGUGAGAUAUCGAUUGUGAACAAGCAGGAUUGAUUGAAAGCCAGCAAAACAUUAAACCAAACUGAUGGCGAUGGAUAACACGACGGAGACAGGCGAGGAGUUUUCCUACCAAACAACGGCACCAAUUGACCCUAAAGAAGAAGGAGCAACGGAUUCACGUCGAGCCGGACACUGCAAGUGGUUCAACGUGAUCAAGGGCUGGGGCUUCAUCACACCGGAUGACGGCGGCCAGGACGUGUUUGUUCAUCAGAGUGUCCUCCAGAUGGAUGGGUUCAGAUCGCUGGGGCAGAAUGAGCCGGUGGAGUUUGAGUGCAAACUGACGGAUAAGGGCUACGAAGCGACCCGGGUGUUUGGACCGUCCCAGACCCAGUGCAAGGGCAGUGAGUUCCGGCCGAGGGCCAAGCGGAAAUAUCGGAAGAUGAGAUGCUACAACUGCGGUGAAUUCGCUAAUCACAUUGCGCAAAUGUGCGCCCAGGGUCCGUUGCCGAAGCGGUGCCACCACUGCAAGUCCGAAGAUCACCUCGUGGUUGACUGCCCGAACAAACCGCCCCCAAAGGUUCAGCAACCUGACCAGCAUCAACACCAACAACACCCACAACAGCAACAACAUAGUUCCUCUACUCACCACCAGACGUAACGGUGGCUGCUUUUUGGUUCAACCGCUAGGGGCGCCGCCACCGUGUACUAGCUCAAGGACUAGUGAGGGCGCAAACCUCACAUGGAAAAAUGGAAAAAAAACUCACCUCACCUACCACUUACCACGCGUAAAGUACAAACGAAGAAAAACAAACUCACCGAAAAGAAAAACCGCCAGCGAAAUCGUGUUCCGAAUUACAAGAAACAACUCCCAAUCACCAAAUGACUUUUAUAUUUUUUUUCUACAACGUAAAUACGUAUAAGUUUAAGAAUGAAAGUAUUCCGAAUACUUUUCUCAAAAGUCGGUAAUAUUUGUUUAGAGCAAGCUUAAAUAUUUAAGAAGAACUUGAAUCCAGUACGAUUAGUUAGUUUAGUGAAAAGAAAUCAUUCGCAAUUGUGGGAUGAAUAGUUGUGUAGAAACUGAAAGGAAAAGCUCGUACUGAAAAUGUUUCGAUGAAUGAGUGCUGAAUGUUUGUAAAUACAGUAUGUGCAAUUCAGGAGAUUGUUUGAAUGAGAGUUCAAUGGUUUGAAAAUUCCUUUCCAUAACAUUAAACAGUUAUACAACUAAAUCCAUGAAAUAGAUGCAUAGGGUAACAAUAAAAUAUAUAUAUUUAUAACAGAACACUUGUUCAUAUCAGAGCUUGUUGUGUAAUGCAGCAGGACACACCUUCUUCCGUCAACGAGAGUUACUACUAAAACACUAAAACAUUCUGGAAAUUGUAAAUUGCCAACAUUUUGGAGCAUACCAUUUGUAGUCAGUAUAGCUAAGAAGCGCGAAAAGUUUGAUUUAAUAAAAAAUAUAUAAGCUCAAAA